AUGGAUGAUCAAGACAUGGGAGUAGUGUCGUGCAAAAAGAGUCCCGACGAUGAGCCUGUUGUGAAGUAUUUGCGUCGGAAGAUAGACGGCAUUCUCACGACGAAGGAGAAGGUGACAACAAUGAUGUGCGAGCAUGUCGAAGUGCUGCCCCCGCCUCCACCGAACGUGGAAAAGAGCCACACCAUGUACCACAACAUCAGACCAUACGUACCAGAGGAGUUCCGAAACGACCCUCUGUACGCAAAACCAAGUGAAAGGGAAGGGAUUGACGCCAAAGAAGCAAAACAGGCGCGACGUGCUCACCGUGCUGCCAUGGCAGUGGCUCCCCAAGCAAACCAGGAUCGUCGAGCCCGGGACGAGACCGAGGCUGAUACCGAUGCCUCCGGAAGCACUGCGAAAAAACAGAUGAAAGACUAA